CUCUGUGUUUUCUGUCAGGAGCGAGAGUUGUCUCAGCCGGAGCUGGACGAGCUGGCCGAGGCCUUCAAGGAAUUCGAUUACGAUCAGGACGGCUAUCUGAACUAUAAGGAUCUGGCCGAGUGCAUGCGGACGAUGGGCUACAUGCCCACAGAGAUGGAGCUGCUGGAGAUCAUCCAGCAGAUCAAGAUGAGGCUUGGAGGUCUGAUGGAUUUCGAUGAUUUCUGUGAGUUGAUGGGUCCCAGGAUGAUGGUGGAGACGGCGGAUAUGCUGGGACUCAAAGAGCUCAAAAGCUCCUUCUGUCAGUUUGACGCUGACGGUGAUGGGAAGAUCUCUCUGGAUGAGAUGAAGGAGGCUUUGAAGACUCUGUUAGGAGAGAAACUCAAGAAAGGAGAGCUGGAGGAGAUCCUGAAGGAGCUGGACCUGAACGGAGACGGAACCGUGGAUUUCGACGAGUUUGUGAUGAUGCUGUCGGUGCGAUAACACCCUUCCUCAUCCAACAGCAGACGAUUCGGGGAAACCUGGAGAUAUCUGGGCUCUUGAUUACUGUGUGCAUUGCUCUAUAGUUUUGCUCUACUCUAUAGUAUGUCAUGGACUAGAUGUUGGUCUUUGUGGACUAGUAACUAUAAUAGUUUAAAUCUGUUCAUUUUGUACACCGGUUCCUAACAUACGAAUGGAGGUUGCCAAGCGUUUUCUGUGAAAUGAGUUCAUGAAUGUCUGGGAAAGUCAUGGAUAUUAAUUCUGGCCUGAUCAUAAAAGUGUGACUUCAUCACAAACUAGCUUCAGGUAGAAAAAACAACUCCUUCGUAACAUGUGUUCUAAAUGUUUUACAUGAUUUGUUACAGUGAUGCAUUGCCGUGUGUAGAUGACUGUGAUUUAAUGUAAAAUACUGUACAUGUGUCUGAUGUGUAACUGUAUA